AUGCUUGACCAGUCACAUGACCUGGUGGAGCCAAUGAGAGGAGAGCUAUGUUCUCAUGUUUCUUACUAUCUUUUUUUUCUUCAGAUAUACAUGUUUUCCCUCUCUGGAGAAAAACUCACAUCCCGGCUCCGGAAACUGAGCUUCGCUGCGAUGCUGAAGCAGGAGAUGGCGUGGUUCGACGAGGAGAGGAACUCAGUAGGAGCCUUGUGCUCUAGAUUGUCUGCAGAUGCAUCUGCAGUACAGGGGGCCACAGGAUCACGAGUGGGCACCAUCGCGCAGUCCAUCAGUACCCUGGGCAUCGGGGCAAGCCUGGCAUUAUACUAUGACUGGCGUCUGGGCCUCGUUUCCUUGCCCUUCGUGCCCUUCGUCCUGCUUGCCAUGUACCUGCAGAGCAAGAUCCUGACGGGGCAGAGUGUCACAGAGUCCAAGGACCUUGACGACGCCGGCAAGAUAGCGAUCGAGGCCAUCACCAACAUCCGAACAGUGGCAUCGUUGCAUCUCGAACAACGCUUUGCAGAACGCUACACCCAGGCACUCACCUCAUCUCACCUGCAGGCACUCAAGAAGUCCCAUGUCAGAGGUGGCACCUUCGGCUUCGCCCAAGCUGUUCCGUUCUUCGCCUACGCCAGCACCAUGUUCUACGGAGGCCGCUUGGUGGAGCGGAAGGAACUAGGCUACGAGAGUGUUUUCAAAGUAGCGGAGGCGAUGAUCCUGGGGACGAUGGUGGUGGGUCAAGUGCUGGCGUUUGCCCCUAACUACAGCAAGGCAAGAGUGGCAGCGUCCAGGAUCUUCAGGAUGCUGGAGAGAAAGCCGGCCAUUCCCACCUCCAGGGACGCCGGUCUCACUCCGAACGAGGACGUGAGGGACAUCCAGUUGACUGACGUGCAUUUCACGUACCCGAGCCGUCGUGACGUGCCCAUCCUGAGUGGUCUGAAGGUGGGCGUGGGUCGUGGGCAGACCUUGGCACUCGUGGGCGGUUCUGGCUGCGGCAAAAGCACUAUCAUCGCCCUCCUGGAGAGGUUCUAUGACGCCGGGGCUGGCAAGGUGAGCAUCAACGGGGAGAAUGUUCAGCAACUCGACGUCUCCUGGGUGAGGAGACAGCUGGGUCUGGUGUCCCAGGAACCCGUGCUCUUUGACCGCACCGUCGCGGAAAAUAUUGCCUACGGUGACAACUCUCGCCUCGUCAGCAGGGAGGAGAUUGUCUGGGCAGCCCAGCAGGCUAACAUUCACGCCUUCGUAGAGUCCCUCCCAGACGCGUACGAGACUCGUGUUGGACCCAAGGGAACCCAGUUAUCUGGUGGUCAGAAGCAGCGCAUAGCAAUCGCCCGAGCCUUGGUUCGAAACCCUAGUGUGCUUCUUCUGGACGAAGCCACCUCUGCCCUUGACACAGAGAGUGAGAAGGCGGUCCAGGAGGCGCUGGAGAGGGCACAAGAGGGCCGCACGUGCAUCGUGAUCGCCCACCGCCUCUCUACCGUCCAAGGCGCCGACUCCAUCGCUGUGGUAGACGGCGGUCGGGUGGUGGAGUCCGGUACCCAUAGGGAGUUGCUGCAGAAGCGAGGCCACUACUACGCCCUCCACGGCAGUUCCCACUGAGCUGGAUCCUACAGGAAGACGUUUACAGGCCCGAGGCUCAAGGAUUCACAGAUGUCCACUUGGGCUUGGUGCCUUCCUUUGAUAAUUUCUUACUUCACAGACAUACCCACUUACAAGAUCUGCACUUCUUACUUAACUUUGAUUUGAAGACGACCUUGGAGCGCUUUGAACCACGUAAACUAGUUAGUAAACAUAGACGAAGCCGUCGUACUCGAGGUUAAAGGUUCAUAUCUUGUAAGUGAUUCAUGGCCCUGGCUGGUUGUGUCUGGGGCGCGUGUCUGUGUGUCUGGGGAUGUGUCUGGGGGUGUGUCUGUGUGUCUGGGGAUGUGUCUGGGGGUGUGUCUGUGUGUCUGUGUCUAGCCGCGUGUCUGUGUGUGUAGUGCUAGGCACAAGUUAUAUAUUUACACUGGCAGUGUAAGUUGUGUAUGCUCAUUUGUGGGUAGAUCACAACACACCACUCGAUAAAACAAUAUAUUCCCAUGUACGAAUACAAGGAGGGAUUAUCAAACACAAUUACCAGCUGAUGGAAGUAUAUAAAAUUGCCCCAAACCCUUUCAACAAAAAAAUAAUUGCAAAUAUAAAGUAAAUCCCAGCCAAUCACGUUCACGCAAAAUGACAAUCACUCAAUCUCGUUAGUGAGCUUGUUUAGCGAUUGGAUAGUCUGACUGAACACUGAUUCUAUUGUAGUCGGAUAAACCACAUAUCCUAUUAAAUGGUUGUACAAUA